AUGACGGAUUCUGUUAUUUCGCGUUCGGCUCGAGGUGCUCCAGCCAUAGCACGUAUAGCUCAAUGGUCAAACCCAAACAAUCUGGUCCCAUCUGCUCCACACGGAGUCGAAGUUCUCGCCGUAGAACGCUCAAAUGCAACCUUCAAAGUCGACGAAAUGACCUCCAUUCUCUACAACAAGGCCCGUCUGGAACGUGAACGCAAAGUCUUAAAAGUCAUGGAGAGUGAACCAGUCUUUUCCAAACGUGAACGUUUCUUCCAAGGACGCACAGAGAGAUUUUACCAUGCCAUGCAAAUGAUGAAGCGGAUUGCUGUCUUGAAGAAGGAAUUGAAUUGGACUGAUGAGGAUUUUGGAAUCGCUUGUGAGCUAGUGGAUCAACCGUUGCCUAUUGCGUUGCAUGUGGGAAUGUUUUUGCCUACGAUGAGGAAUCAGACUACUGAGGAGCAAAAGAAGGCAUGGUUGCAAAAGUGUGAAGAUUUCGAGUAUAUCGGAGCAUAUGCUCAAACUGAAAUGGGACAUGGAAGUAACGUUCAAGGAGUUGAAACAACUGCAACAUACAUUGAAGAAACAGAAGAGUUUGAGCUCAAUUCGCCUACAUUGACGGCUGCUAAAUGGUGGAUUGGAUCUUUGGGCCGAACAGCAAAUCAUUGUGUGCUUAUGGCUCGUUUGAUUUGCAAAGGAAAGGAUUACGGCCCACAUACUUUCUUCGUGCCACUCCGAUCAUUGAAGGACCAUACAUUAUUGCCCCGUGUGUUUGUUAUGGACCUUGGCCCCAAGAUGGCAUAUCAAUCUGUCGACAAUGGAACAUUACUCUUUGAUCAUUAUCGCAUACCAAGAUUCAACAUGCUCGCUAAAUUCUCGCAUGUCACGAAAGACGGAACAUAUGUAAAGCCAAAGCAGGGUGAAGAACGAGCCAAUUAUGGUACCAUGAUUAUGGUUCGAGCUAGAAUGGUGCAGGCUGCUUCAACGACUGCCGCAAGAGCCGCUACGAUUGCCGUUCGAUAUUCGGCUAUCCGUCGACAAUUUGCGAACCCAGAAGCUUCAGCUGGAGACCAGUUGGCGAAAGAAUACCAAAAGUCUAGCUCACGACCAAUUGAGACUGCUGUCAUUGACUAUUCAUCACAACAAUAUCGUCUUUUCUCCACCAUCGCCAAAGCCUACGCCCUCCAUUUCACCGGUGUUGCCAUGAAGAAUCUCUUUGAGACUUUCCAGGAGGGAGCUCGAGAACUUUUGCCUGAAGUCCACGCCACUAGCAGUGGUCUCAAGUCGUUCUGCACUACGAUGGCUAUUGACUGUAUAAUUGAUAUGAGAACCUCGUGUGGUGGACAUGGAUACCACCAAUUCUCCGGUAUGGCAGGCUUCCCCGAUUUCUACGCAAUCCAUUGCAGAUUAGCAACCGUCGAAGGUGACAACUGGGUCUUGACUCAACAGACUACACGAUAUCUUCUCAACGUAUACCGCACCCUCCGCCAAUCCAAGGGCGCUUCCACCUCAACAGCCUCAGCCAACCGAUACAUUGCUGCAACAUUCAGCCCAGACUUUGACGCGAGGCGAAUGACUGCCACGUCAGACUCUGACCUUCUCACACCUCAAGUAUUGAUCGACGCAUAUGCUUACAGGGCUGGCAAGCUCGUUCGGGAUCUAGCUGAAUCAAUUGAUUCUGGAGCAACAACAUUUGCAGAGUCUUUGGUAGAUGUUUAUCGUCUGUCAAAGGCACACUGUCAGCUCUUUGUUGUAGAGUGCUUCUUCCGCAAUCUGGAGACUCUGAAGGCCAAAGCUAAUGCUGAAAUCGUCAAAGUUUUGACUACAUUGGCUAAUCUGUAUGCGUUGCAUUGUAUGGAGAUUGAGUUGGGAGAGUUCUUGGGCUCUGGAUAUGUAUCGCCAAAGCAGGGUGAUAUGGUGAGACGGAAUGUCCGCUCUUUGACCAAAGACGUGCGACCGAAUGCCGUCGCGUUGGUUGACGCAUGGGUGCUUCCAGACUUUUUGUUGAAUAGCAGUUUGGGUCGUCAGGAUGGACGUGUGUAUGAGCAUAUGUUUGAGUGGGCUGCCGAGGAGCCUUUGAAUACCGGCUCAAAUUGGCCUGUUGUAGACGGAUAUGAAGAGUAUAUUAAGCCAUUAACUACUGGAAGCGCCUUCAGGAAGUCAAGCCCAACGGCCCGUCUGUAG